GGGAACAAGUGCCGUGGCAAGACAUCGACAUCGCCACCCACCUACGCAUCAGUUCCGCAGUUGUUUUGUUGCUUAGAGGUGAAUCGUAUGUCGCGAUGAACGGCUCUUCUAUCGACGGGCACAUCUUAUGUAUCUGUCUGACGUAUAAUAUCCGUCGAUGUUGAGUAACCGCCAAACUGGCGACCUGAAAGGUUGAACGAGCAGGCUGAAUGGUUGUACGUUGAAGCCUAUGUGAUUAUUGGGAGUGAACGUAUAUUUAGUGGAGAGCUAAGUUCUUAUCAACCAAGGUAUCUUUUGGCACAACUACUUCACCUGGACCUAAUCUUCUUCAAAAAGCGUUUUCUUGCCAGCGGCUGUUCUUCUAAAUUUCGGCGUGACGCAUCAUCCUAUGAAGCGAGGAUCUUUUCUGACCACCUUCCAGGUGUAUUAAAAGCUAGCAAAAGUACAAUUUCAGUUUGACGUGUAAGCUUAAGGCCACCUGAAUUUGUCGUCGACGCACGUAUCGGCAUUUAAUCCGCUCUAUUUACUCGGCGUGUGGCUGUACCUCGUAGAUCAAUCGAGCUCACAAUACAAUGACUAAGGAUGAUGAUACGACAGGCGAUAACCCCGAGACGGAGACAUUUCUCAACCGAAGCUCUGUGCCCGAAAGCACUCCGACCCCCGUAAAACUUGCGCCGGGAUGGGAGUCCCGCUACUCAAACUCCGAUCUCGUCGUAACCCUGAACAAAGACAGUUUGAGAGAGGGUAGUCCUCCAGCGGAUCGCUUAAAUCUUUUAUUUUUAAUUAUGCUUAUACAUGGGGUAGGCACGCUGAUGCCAUGGAAUAUGUUCAUCACUGCCAAGGAGUAUUUUACUAACUACAAGCUGAAUGUGAGUCUAAUAGAAGAUACAAACUCGACCGAAUAUCGGACGUUGUACGAAUACAGAGAAGGCUUUAUGGGUUACGUGAUUAUCGCGUCACAGAUGCCCAAUCUGCUCUGUAGCCUCAUGAACCUGUUUGUGCAGUUCGGUUCUCAAAGUCUAGGCCCGCGAAUCGCUGGCUCGAUCUUAAUCGAAACAAUUUUAUUUGUGGUCACCGUAAUCCUCGCUAUGGUCGAUUCAUCGGGAUGGCCUAGUACAUUCUUUUUUAUUACGAUCGCGAGUUUGGUGAUCAUGAGCGCUUGCGGGGGUAUCUACCAAAACAGCAUCUACGGUCUAGCUGCUAAGUUGCCAGGCAAGUACACCGGUGCAAUUGUUCUAGGGACCAAUAUCAGUGGAACGAUGACCUCGGCAAUGAAUAUCUUGUCAACCUUUGUUUCGCCUAGUGAGAAGACGGCAGCGAUAUACUACUUUAUUUCAGCGCUCUUCGUUCUUCUGCUUUGUCUUGACACGUACUUCGCGCUGCCACUGCUGAAAAUUUUUCGAUACUAUCAAAAAAAGGCAAGUAAAGAAGAAGGCACAGGGGGACGCCCGCCCUACUUUGCCGUAUUCAAACAGUGCUGGUUUAACUGUUUGAACGUAUUUUUGUGCUUCUUUGCGACGCUAGCAUGCUUCCCGGCAAUCACGGCCGACAUUGUCGCGGUCGACGAGCACUUUCCCGUCCGAGAGAAAUAUUUUGUAAAAGUAUUCUGUUUUCUAUUCUUCAAUAUGUUCGCCAUGAUAGGCAAUGUGUUUCCAAUGUGGUUUAAAUUCCCUCAGACAUCGGGACCGACCGUUAUACCAGUGCUGCUUCGAUUCGUUUUUAUUCCUUUUUUCCUCCUGUGCAAUUUCCGACCGCAAACCCGUAUCUACGACUCAUACUUUGGCGACUACACAUACAUCGCUGGUAUGGUUGCGUUCGCCGUCACUCAUGGUUAUUACUCAUCGCUAACGAUGAUGUACGCCACCGAAGGAGUCCAUCCGCAGCAUACCGCUCUGGCAGGAAUGAUGGCUGCUUUCUUCCUGGUAUUUGGUAUCUUCCUUGGAGGCAACUGCAUCUUCUUCGUCAACAAGUUCCUAAGCGGACCACCGCGAGUAUAAUAGGCAGUAGUUAGUCUGUGCUAAUUUUGUUGGCUUAAAUUAUGAAAGCAAACGAACACGAAACAGUACGCUUAUUAGCGACUGGUACAGUCGGCCUACGAACAGAGUAAGUUCAGGGAUAUUUUAUAUAACUAAUAUAAAUCAAUAUCAAACGGAUUUAACCGAUGACACAGCGAUUUCAGGUUGAAUGGUAAAAAAACAGGAAAGAAAAGGACCUCGACACGGGGUACACCCUCUUUAUGAUGGGAAUGAUGAUUAUAUUCAAGUUAUAGAUACAUUUUUUUUUUAAUAUAUAUUACAAAGAAAAGUUUCUACUUAAUUAAUUGAUACUACUAUUGGAGUAGAUUCACCUACGAUGCUGACUCUUCCAUUAUACCUCGCGUUGUUCGCAGCGAAAACAAUAUAAGCCAUAAUGUUGUACUAUUUAUAAAACAAAGGACACAUUAAAAACAGGAAAAACCCAAGUUACCAUAUAAUUCACUUGGCAUAAAACAUCGAUUGUGCCGUAGAUGCCCGUCACCGCCGACUGAUAUAGCCGAUGUUCAGGAGGGUAACGCGAAAGUGAUCGACCUAUUUUUGGUAGUAGUAUGACGACAAAAAUCCUUAUGGAUUUCGGAUACAUGCAUUAAUACAGUCCUUGCAACCAGACGCCUAACCUGACCUACCAAUAAAGUUAACCUAGCCGGUCGCUUCUGUAUUCUAGCGCUGUUUAUUUCAGUUAGUUCAUUACUAUGAAUUUAAACCCCCAUAGCACUCUUAGCUGCUGUACCCAAAAUCUUGUUUGUGUCUGUUUGCGCAUGAGUGUACCAUAUAAUGUUCAGUUUGACUAUUGCUGAGCCAGUGACCCAUAAUCACGGGAUACCGAAAAUGUAAGAGCCGAAAUAUACCAACACAUCAACGUAAAUACAACAAAUUAUACCUGUUAUAUAGCUAUCAGGUUUGACAUUAUGGCGAUGCUGUAGCGUGUCCCGUAAAAAUAAACGUUACACUUUUGAUUGUUAUUACUGUCAUUAAGUUGAACGUUGGCGGCCCAAUGUGUGCUAGUUUUCUGCAUCCAUUCCUUUUUGGGCAAACAGAACGUUACGUGUGAAUCACUACCAACGCCCAAUUAUUGAAAUGUCAUCUGGGCAAGGAAAUUCGAAUAUUCAUUGUGGUAAAAUAGUCCAAGUAGUUUAACCGUGUGUUGGUUAGAAAACUCGACAACAUAUUCAAGAGGAGGAGGAGGAUAGGAUAGACGUUCACGUGUCGGACUCUUGCAUUCAAACAAAGUACUUCAUCUAUACUAUAUCAACCUUAACAGAUAUUAGGAUCAUUUAAAAGAUUUACUUGAACGCUAAUGUACUUUCUAUUAUUUUAUACAACAUGCUUCGAAGCUUCAAUAUCACGGAAUUGCCGUGAAAAUAGAGGCAGAUGUUAUAGAUUUCUACAAUUUUAGAUAGACAACCAAAGCUCUACAUCUUUUUGUAAAAAAAACAUAUAUAUAUAUAUAUAUAUAUAUAUAUAUAUAUAUAUUAGGUAUUAAAAAGAGAGAGAGAGAGAGAGAGAGAGAGAGCAAAAAAUAUCGUUGAGACGUGUAGCCUAUAUGAUAGUUACACUUAUAUGUGCUACCCUCUCUCUCUCUCUCUCUCUCUCUCUCUCUCUCUACAUAUAUAUAUAUAUAUAUAUAUAUGCAAUUGGUGAAAAAAACGAUGCUUGCGAUGCUAGUACAGCACUGAAUUAUUACAUUAGUUUUUGUCAAAUUACUAAAGAGUUAUGAUAAUAAUAUUCAUAUCCGUGGAACAUACAAAAUAUAUAAAAGAUCGUAUUGCGAAACUAGCGUUCUGAUAGAGAAAAUGGAGCGGUACUGUUCAGUUAAUCAUCGCGAACCGCGGACGCGAUCCCCAUAGCUCAGCGGUAAAAUUAACGUUUAACUGAAUGAGCAGUGAUCACCUACUACCACGCGAGGAGUUGCUGUGACACUGGGCUAAUACGUGCGCAAUAGAUUAAUCCAUGGAGUAUAUUUUAUGAAAUUUUUAUUAAAAAUGUAUAAGAAUGUGUAAAAAUACAUUAAGAUGCAAGCUUUAACCUUACAGAGCAAUCGAGCCAUAAUGUAGGUAGCCAGAGACUAAGUGAUUUUAUACUGAGACAAGAUACACAUAUUGAAGGAGAACGCCAGGAGUGCUUAAAUGAAGUAAACGAAAGGAUAUUAGUGUGCGCAAAAGCAUUAAUUAGGUAUAUAGCUAGCGUGCCUAGCAGGCAAAGUAAGAACGCAGAAUACAAACGAUGAGAUGCAAGCGUUUUUCGGGGUAGGAUUUUUUUCUUCUUCGAAAAGGAACGCAUGACAAGGCCGGGCAAAACGAAACUGUGAAGUCGACGGCGGGUCCGCAACUUAGUUACCACUAUAACCAUCAUGUAAGAAGGCAAAAAUCAGAUGACUUAAAAAAGUUACUUGCAAACACAAAUGUGUUUUUGUAUUACGUCAAAAUCUUUCAGUAUCAAUAUAUAUAUAACUGCUAGUAGCCUAUUCACAGUGGCUCAAUAAAGACCGUUUUGAAUCAUGGCCUGGUACAUGACGCGUACAUGAAGUACCGCUGUACUAUCUGUUCUCUAUCAUUUUCAAGCACAUAAUUUAUCUUGUACCCAAUGAGGAGGGGAAGAAAGUGUUACUACUUAUUUCAUCUAUAUACAAAUAAACAAGUAUCGUUGUAGGACUAUACGAUUGUUGUUGAAUAAUACUGCAGCGUUGCUUACAUGAAGUGGCAUUUAGUGUUUACAAUAUGUUACAUACUAUUUUUAUGAUUUCUAUCAUCGUUCGUCUCGUACUAUGACUACAGUACGAGAUGUAAUGUAAUGUAAUCAUAAAUGUAAAAGUUACCGCCGUAUUACGUAAUCAUAUCUAUACACAGACGAACAUGUUUUCUUGCAACGAGUGCUAUUAUGGAGCAUAAUGUGGAAGCGCUGAAAAAACUUCUGUGUAGCACUAGGUAGACAACGUUCAGUUACCUUUUCUAGAUAUAUAUAUAUAUAUAUAUAUAUGAAAAUCUGGAAAAGUAAAAACGACACUUGUUGUAAGAGACGUGUUUUGCUACGUAUUAACAGAAGAAUCACAGUAAAUAUGCAGCUAAAAGGAGACUUUGCAAAACUGGAAAUCUCGGACAUCGACAACUAGAAACCGGGUCGAGGCUGUUAAAAUCAGCUAACAAUGGGAAUUGAAUACUAGACAUGUACAAAUGGAGAGGACAGUUAACCGAGUCGUAUGUGUGUGCGUGUACAGAUUUCAUGUGACAAUUCAGAUUUCAAAAAAGACAUUUUUUGAGGAGUACUGAUUUCGACCGUAAAGAAAAUAUGAUAAUACAAGUGAAAAAUACAUACGCAAGAAUACUAACCUGGGCUCGUUUUUUUUAUUCCACUUGUAACUCUGCGCAAGUCUAUUCGUACGUGAAGAACGUACAUCGUGAUGAAGAAUUUUGAUUAAGGGAUGGUGCCUUGGGCCACGUGAAGAUUUUCGCCCGGAGUCACCCCUGUUGCUAAUUGACCCCCAUACCUGCUACAUACAAUAAAUGAGAUUGACUUUGUAAUAUUGACUUCGAAAAGAUAUGUUAAACGAUAGGUAGAAGUUAUCAAAGCAAUAUCGACACGAAUUCGGUGGACUGAUUUCAACUAGAUAACUUAUCGUACUUUUUGACAACGCAGAUCCUAUGCAAUGGAAAGAAUUGCACACGAGCAUUGGCUUAACCCUUUGUGAGCUGUCUCAAUAAACCUAAAGGUGAACUUGAUGAUGAACGCCCAGGGUCUACAGCAGCCCACCUUGGCAAAAUCCUAUGACACGAUUUCAAGAUCAGAACAUCGAUCAUGAUUAAUUGAUCUCAACCAAUCGAUGGCAUUUCGCAUAUAUAACGUAAUGAUUACUCGCUAGAAUGUCCUGGUCUCUGAGCUUCUCCUUAUAUUUAAACAUUCGAACAUAUGUUUUCGUUACUGUGCGCUUAUAAUUAGUGCCAUCAAUUGGUGGGAUUAUUGAAAGCAUUUCUACGUCUUACAACUGUACCGUGUAUGAUGGUAGUGUCCUUUUUGCAGUAAAUAAAUAAAUAUAAAUAUUAAAAUAAUAUCAUACAUAAAUCAAUCGUUUUUUCAUGCGAGUUAACAAGCAAGCGUAUACAUUGGAGCGUGUACUAGAAGACCUGUACCAGUUGGCAAAUAUAACCGUUUAAUAAAAUGUUACAUUUUAUUGAGAUAAGUGGA